AUGCCUACUGAUACUGAUUCUUCACUAAAUCCAAAUUCAGCUUACUAUCUCAGCAAUAAUGAUCUUAAUACUUCAAAAUUGGUCAAUAUAGUCUUUGAUGGCAAGUGCUUUAAUGACUGGAAAAGAUCUAUGAUGAUAGCUUUGUCUGCUAGAAACAAAUUGUGUUUUGUUGAUGGAACUUUGGAUCAACCAACAACAAACUCAGAAAAUUUUAGAAUCUGGAAUAGGUGCAACGAUUUGGUAAUCUCUUGGAUGUUAGGAUCUCUUGAAGUUUCAAUUGCAAGAAGUGUUUUGUACCUCAAAACAGCAAGAGAUAUCUGGUUAGAUCUUGAAGAGAGAUUUUGUCAAUCAUCUGGUCCACAGUUAUUCUCAGUUCAGCAGAAACUAUGUGAUUUGAAUCAAGAUGAAGAUGAGCAAAUCUCAGGAUUUUUCACUAAGAUCAAACUUCUUUGGGAUCAACUAUAUGGCUUGGAUCCUUUACCAUCUUGUAUAUGCACUGGCUGUAAUUGCACUCUCACACAGAAACUUCUGAAGUCUCAACAGAAUCAAAGGUUGAUUCAGUUUUUGAUGAAAUUGAAUGAGAAGUAUGAUCACUCUAAAAGCACUAUUCUCAUGAUGAGUCCAUUUCCAACAAUCUCUAAAGCAUAUGGAUUAUUGCUUCAAGAAGAACAGCAGAAAGAAGUUAAUAGCAACAGAAAUCACAACUUGGAAUCUACUGUGUUCACUGCAAGAAAGUUCACUGAUAAUAGGCCAUAUAAGUCUAACUAUGGUUCUAGUUCUGGCAUGCAAAACACAGGUGGAAAUCAACCAAGAAACUUUACUUACAGUAGAAACAAUUUAUACUGUGAACAUUGCAAAAUGAAGAAUCACACUGUUGAUAAAUGUUGGAAGCUACAUGGCUAUCCUAAGGAUUUUAAAGGCAGAGGCAAAAGAGUAGCAGCAGCUGCUCAGUUAGAAGAGUUUACUGAAAAGGAAAGUCCAACUGAGGGAGAUACAGGAAUGGUUCAUGCCACAUUUUCAGAAGAACAAUACAACAAGAUUUUGAGCCUGCUUAACACUCAGAAAGUUGCUAACCAAGCUGAAUGUUCUGGUUCUGGUUCUCUUGGUUUAGCAACUACUACUCAAUUGAGAGGACCUUUCCAAGAACAAGCAUACUCUGCUUGGUAGAUUGGACAAAGGCCUGUAUUGUUUGAAUGAAGAGUUGUUGGCAUCUGAUAGCAGUACAAUGUCACACAAUUAUGCUCUUUCCAGCAUGGCAUCUGAAGUUGAAGAAGCUAAACUUUGGCAUCUUAGACUAGGACAUAUUUCUUUUGGCAAAAUAAAGAAUAUCAAGAACAUUAAUGUCAAAGGUUGCCUAGCUGAAUGUUUUUGUCAGAUUUGUCCAUUAGCUAAGCAAACAAGGUUCCCUUUCCCCACUAGCACUAUUAAGUCAGUACAACCCUUUGACUUGUUACAUGUAGAUGUAUGGGGGCCCUACUCUGUACUUGAUUCUUCUAGAUGUAAUCAGUUCUUAACAAUUGUGGAUGAUUACACUAGGAUGACUUGGACUCAUUUAAUGAGAAAUAAAACAGAUUCUGUCAAAAUUAUGACUGAUUUCUUACUGUAUGUUGAGAAUCAUUUUGGUUUUACAGUUAAAUCAGUUAGAUCAGAUAAUGCACCUGAUUUGACAGAAGGUGCAAUGAAGGAAUUGUUUCUUAGCAAGGGAAUUCUUCAACAGAAAAGCUGUAGUCACACACCUCAGCAAAAUGGUGUGGUUGAAAGAAAGCAUAAACAUCUUCUUGAAACUGCAAGAGCUUUAUUUUUUCAGUCCAAACUACCUGAUAAGUAUUGGAGUGAUUGUAUAUUAACUGCUACU